UUCAGGUGCUUCAUUAUAUAUGGAAUGUACACAUCAUUUACGAUGUUCAGAAGCAGAUCGUAUUCGUUGGUUCGAAUUACGCGGUCAUGUUCAUAAUUUGGUCGACUUAGGUAAUGUAGCACGAGAAGAUGGCUACAUUAUUGAGAAAACGAAACUUCGUCAUUCAUUACAAUAUCGUGAUUAUCUGUGCGCUGAGCAUCGAAUUAGCGGCUAUUUGCUUCAUAAUGAUAGCAGUUAUCAUUUGCAAGUUGCAUGCAUGUGGGUAGGCGGUGAAAUGAAUGCAACCUGUGGUUUAAUACCAUCAACUGAUAAACGAUUCGGAUAUCUUGAACCACAAGAAUGGCGUCGAAUGCUUUUUAGCGGAACGGAGAUUUUUGAUAGUGUUGAUAAUUUCAUGAUAACAGAAAUGAUAUGUGAUUACCACUAA